CACGCCUCUCUCUCUCACUCUCUCCCCCCUCUCUCUCUCUCUCUCUCUCUCCGUCUCCCUUUAUCCGUCCAGCUCUCUCUACCCCGCCCGGUCACUUCUAGUGUCGGCGAGUAUCUGCCGCAGCAGCAGCAGCAGCAGCAGCAUCAGCACUGUCACUUUCACCACACCAGGGGGGGAAAUGUACUGACACUACGGACCAGACCGGGAGCGCAUCACCAUCUCCAUCACCUCCAUCAGCGCCACCGCAUCCCCCUGCUUGUUUUCGGGGCUUUCUUUUCCCGAGGUUGCAAACGCUUUUUGAUUUGCAGCAUAUCGCUCGCACUUCGUUUGUGGAUUAUUGUUCCUCCUCAUCGACGGAAAGUGUGAAAUGGAGGAGUCCAGCUCUCAGAAGUUGGUGUGGGAUGGGGACGCCAAAGCGGUCCAGCAGUGUCUCACGGAUAUUUUUACAAGCGUCUACACGACGUGUGACAUCCCAGAAAACGCCAUUUUCGGGCCCUGUGUGUUGAGCCACACCUCGCUGUAUGACAGCAUCGCUUUCAUAGCCCUGAAAUCCACCGACAAACGCACAGCACCUUAUAUCUUCAGGGUGGACACCUCAGCAGCCAACAGCACCUCAGAGGGUUUGAUGUGGUUGAGGCUCGUCCAGUCCGCCCGGGACAAAGAGGAACAGAACCUGGAGGCCUACGUGAAGAACGGUCAGCUUUUUUAUCGCUCGCUCCGCCGGAUCGAGAAGGACGAGGAGCUGCUGGUUUGGUAUGGCAAAGACCUCAUCGACCUGCUGAUGCUCAGCUCAAGCAGAGCUCCUACCAAAAGCAAAGGUUCGUCCCACCACUCAUGUCCAGACUGCAGCCAGAGGUUCCAGUUUGACUUCCCGUUUUUGGCCCAUCUCCGGUUCCGUUGCACCAAAAGAUUGCAAAGCAUCACAGGGGCUGACGAGGAACCCAGCAAAGAGAGCAGCAGCGAACGACCAAACACAACCCCAGCCAGGCACAGCCCAAACCUGGGCCGCUCAGAGGGCUUCAGCAGCCCUCAGGACAUCAACAAACCCUCCACAGACUUUCACAACCUGGCCAGGGAUCUGGAGAACAACUGCACCAGUCCGCCCAGUGACAAGGAGGCUGAAAUCUGCAGCGAGAGCUCAGGAAAGAGGAAGUUCUCAGAAAUAGAGGAAAGGGAUUGUCGAGGGAAUGGUCAUCCACAGUCCAAGUCUAAAGAAGAGCUCGCAACAUCUGCACAGAACUACAGAGGAGUCUACGGUCUGGAGGAGAAUCACAGGGCCUUCUCCCCUCCGGUCUCCACACAGCUCAGUGAGGGCAAGCGAAGUGCAUUCACUGAGGUCAAGAAGUCGCCCCAGAACCUAAAACACCACAGCGGCAACAAAAACAUCCAGAGCUCCAACUCUGAAAACAAAGAUGGUGGUCGUCCCAGCAGCAGUCCACCAGAGAAGCACCUCAACAUCAGGCAGGUACUGUCGGAAACCCAGCCACCCCAAUCCUCACCCAUAGGCAGCGCUUUUACCUCCGUUAGUCAGCAGGGUGACAGCAAUGGUGGGGAGAGGAAGAGCGCCUUUAGCCAGCCAUCUCGCUCCUCCUUCUCGCAGAUCUCACCGCUGGUGAUGCCGCCCAAGCUGCUGGACUGCCACCCAGCGGUGGGUGACACCAUCUCCUCCAGCAGACUCUACCAGGCCGACCACCUUGCCGCUAAACUACAGGGCGCAGAACUGGGCGCCAACUGUCCGGUGCCGGGUGGUAUGGCCAAGCAGAACCCCUUCGUCUACGCCACCACCUUCUGGCCAAAGAAUUCCGGGCCUAUUCAGCUUCAGAUGCCCUCUGCGCUCACCCUCCUGCCGCCCUCCUUCACCUCUCUGUGCCUGCCGGCCCAGAACUGGUGCGCCAAGUGUAAUGCCUCCUUCCGCAUGACCUCGGACUUGGUUUACCACAUGCGAUCCCACCACAAAAAGGAGUAUGCCAUGGAGCCUCUGGUCAAGCGGCGGCGUGAGGAAAAACUCAAGUGCCCCAUUUGUAACGAGUCCUUCCGGGAGCGGCAUCACCUGUCACGUCACAUGACCUCCCAUAACUGACUUUCACAGACUAACAAGAGAGGGACUUUGUUUUUUUUUAACAAAGAGGGACUGUGACCCUGCGUGGAUUUAAGCUGUCCGACUGGAGAUAAGCAACUUAAAAAUACACACACACUCCUUGCACUUGUUCUCACUUUGGACUAUGAUCUUCUUAAUUCCUUUGGUUCAUUUGCGUUUGGUCCCCCCUGUACAAAAUGUCAUGUUUUGGGUGUAUGCAAAUGCAUUUCGACUUCAAGAUGAAUCUAUUUAUGAAGCACUGAAAAGUUUGAGAAUAAGGGAAGAUUUAAAUAUGUGUAAAUGUACAGUAAGUUGUAUUUUAUAUCAUAUAAAUGCAAAUAUAGAAAAGAAAUACAAAUGUAGUCACACGUCCUGGUUUACAAUGCAGCAAGUUUUUUCAUGUCUACAAUGGAUAUGGACACAAAUUGGGGAUAUUAUGUCAGACUAUAUUUCAGAGUGCAUGUAAUAUUAAAUAAUAUUGAUUUAAGAUGCAGUCUAUACAUUACAAUGUAAAUAAUUUGUUUUAUUUGAAAUAUAAAGUGUAAUAUUUUGUGUCAGUGGGGAAUAGUUUCAGUGUUUCUUCCUUUUGCGGAAAUUUACUACUUGAUAGUUUAU